AUGGCACAUAAUGACAGCCUCAGCCUACCGACAUUCGACAAGUUCAACAAACUUGCACUGGAUGGGCCGAUAUACGACGUUGUGGUAGAGGAUGGCAACGGGAAUGGACAUUUUAAAGAAACAUUGCACAAAGGGAGCGUUUUUCGGAAUUGGGAGGAAGCGUUUGAUACAAUCAACAUGUACGCGAGACAAGAAGGAUUUAAACUAAGGAAGGCCGCGUUGAGAAAACUCCCGAUGGAGUUGUACGAAAACGAACAGUACUUUGCGUGCACAGCGGCGAGUACAAACCCAGAAACACGCAACUAG